AUGGGUGACAUAUCUUUCUCGAAUGGGAUUAGCAAUGGGAAUGGCUUUCAUGGCAAUGGCCAUUCGGUGGGAGGAGCACAAAGAAAGAGCUGUUGGUAUGAAGAAGAAAUUGAAGAGAACUUGAGAUGGUGCUUUGCUCUCAAUAGCAUUUUGCACACAGGAGCUACUCAAUUCCAGGACAUUCAACUUUUGGACACAAAGCCCUUUGGAAAGGCUCUAGUCAUUGAUGGAAAACUUCAAAGUGCAGAGAUAGAUGAAUUCAUCUACCAUGAAUCUCUUGUCCACCCAGCACUUCUUCACAACCCAAAUCCCAAGAGCAUCUUUAUCAUGGGGGGAGGUGAGGGUUCUACUGCAAGAGAAUUACUGCGGCACAACACUGUAGAGAAGGUGGUCAUGUGUGACAUUGAUGAGGAGGUGGUGGAUUUUUGCAAGUCCUACUUGGUGGUUAACAGUGAAGCUUUCUGUGAUCCAAGACUUGAGCUCAUUAUAAAUGAUGCCAGAGCUGAGCUUGAAAGGAGAGAAGAGUGUUAUGAUGUGAUCAUAGGGGACUUGGCAGACCCAAUCGAAGGAGGCCCAUGUUACCAGCUCUACACCAAAUCCUUUUAUGAAUUCACUGUCAAACCAAGACUUAAUCAAGAUGGCGUUUUCGUGACACAGGCAGGACCAGCUGGUGUUUUCAGCCACACAGAAGUUUUUUCUUGCAUCUACAAUACUUUGAGGCAGGUUUUCAAAUAUGUUGUAGCAUACUCUGCUCAUAUUCCUUCCUAUGCGGACAUUUGGGGAUGGGUCAUGGCGUCAGAUUCACCAUUUCUGCUGAAUGCCGAUGAAAUGGACUUGAGAAUGAAACAGAGGAUUAAAGGAGAAAACAGAUUUCUAGAUGGCAAAACCUUCACAUCAGCCUCUACCUUGAGCAAAGCUGUUCGGAAAUCACUGGACACUGAGACACAUGUUUACACAGAAGGCAAUGCAAGGUUCAUAUAUGGUCAUGGCACUGCCUACAAACACAACAAAGCCUAA